CAGAAUGGGUCACGCUUGGUUUCUACGCACAUUUCUACUUUUAUUCAUAUUACCUGAAGGGUGGUUUAAACCUGUUAUCACUCCUGAUGCCCCUCAUCUGGUGAUACUCAAAGGUGAACAGCUGGACCUCCGCUGUCAUGAUGAUGCAGAGGCAAAAACAGGCAGGGUGCGGUGGCUGCGAGAAAAAGGUCGGCGGAUCGAUGGAGAGCGAGAGGAAGAUCGAGCCAGCGUCAUUCUCCUCGUUUCCACACAGAUGCAGCAUAUGGGUCGUUACACCUGUGAGAACACAGAAACGAGAGCGAAGAGCUCUAUCUACAUCUAUGUGAAAGAUUUGGAAAAUGCAUUUGUGCGCUCCAUGGUGAAUGAUCUUCUGGUGAGGGAAGGAGAGGACGGCACUCUUCCUUGUUUAGUAACAGAUCCAGCUGUCAGUCACCUGUCCUUGCUUACCUGUGCUGGCUCCGCCCUGCCAGGUGGUCUAAACUACACCACACACCCUCAGAGAGGGAUCACAAUCAGAAACGUCUCCAAAGCCUUUGAGGGCUGCUACAUUUGUGCAGGGGAGAUGGAUGGAGCACCUGUGACAUCAAGCCAGUAUAACUUGGAUGUGCGGCUAGUCCCAGCGACAGUGCCAGUGAUCAGCCUAUCCAGAUCAGAAAAUGUGAUUCUGAUCCAGGAUCAGGAGUUUGAGCUCAGCUGUAGUACCAUCAACAUCAAUCAUGAUUUCCACCUGACCUGGAGCAUCCCUUCUGAAGCGAUUGCACUGGAGACCCAUAACGCUCACAUCCUGCCUGGUUCUCGAGGAUAUCAACGCUCAGCAACGCUCUGGAUUAAAUCUGUGAAGAUGAGCGACUCAGGAGUCUUUCGCUGCCAAGCACAGAAUGAGAGGGGCGUCUCACUGGCAACUGUCAAUCUGGAAGUUUAUGAGCAUGGUUUCAUUAACCUCACAGAGGGAGAGGACAGCGUGGUGGAGGUGAGAGAGGGAGAGAGCUUGACUCUGAGUGUGGAGAUGAUGUCAUACCCCAAACCCAACGAUGUCUACUGGACCUACAACAACCAACAGCUCAAAAACACAUCCGAGCAUGUCAUUACACUACACAACCAGCAGUAUAGGUACAUCAGUGAACUGAGGCUGGUUCGAGUUCAUGGGUCAGAGGGUGGGAUCUACACUUUCUCAGCCAAUCACAAAUAUGCAUCAGUCAAUCAGUCAUUCACUGUCCAUGUUAUAUGUAAGCCUGUGAUUGUUUCCCAGGAGGGGCCGGUUGAUGGACAGGUGAGAUGUGUUGCUUCAGGGUAUCCUGUCCCCAAAAUAUCUUGGUUUUACUGCGAGCCACCACAUAAACGGUGCUCCAACCUGUUGAAUGUGACACAGGCAGAUGAGGAGGUUGCAGUUGUAACAGUCUCAGGGUCAGAGUUCGGACGGAGCGAAGUGGAGAGUCGACUAAAUGUCAGCAAAGGGAAAUAUCACACCCUUGAGUGUGUGGCAACAACACAGGGCGAGCAGGCCUACGCUCUCUUUUCCAUCAGUGAGCGAACUGUACCUCAUAAACUCUUCACGCCUCUGUUGUCUGGUGUUGUGUCCACUGCUGUUCUGCUCAGCUUCAUUCUGGUGGUUCUGCUAUAUAAAUACAUGCAGAAACCCAAAUAUGAGAUCCACUGGAAGGUGAUUGACAGUUUUGAUGGCAACAAUUAUACCUACAUAGACCCUACACAGUUGCCAUAUGACCCCAGAUGGGAGUUUCCACGAGAAAGGCUGCGUUUUGGAAAAAUCCUUGGCUCUGGAGCAUUUGGUAAAGUUGUAGCUGCUACAGCAUAUGGAAUCUGCUCAGCAGACACAGUGACCACAGUUGCUGUAAAAAUGCUAAAACCGAGCGCUCACUCGACUGAGAAAGAGGCUCUAAUGUCUGAGCUGAAAGUUCUGAGUUACCUUGGCAAUCAUAUAAACAUUGUCAACUUGCUUGGAGCUUGUACAGUAGGAGGCCCUACUCUGGUGAUCACAGAAUACUGUUGCUAUGGUGACCUGUUGAACUUCCUUAGAAGAAAGAGGGAUGCGUUUUUCAGUUCCAAAACAGGAGAUGGAUAUUACAAAAAUCUGCUCAGCCAAACACAGCCUUCAAUAGAAGGCACUGAUAAUGGUUACAUGCCCAUGAGGUCAUAUCAGAAGAGAUCAAAUCAGACAGAAUGGUGUGAUGAUAAAGAUGAUCUCUCUUUGGAUACUGAAGAUUUACUCAGCUUCUCAUAUCAAGUGGCUAAAGGCAUGGAUUUCCUCACAUCCAAAAAUUGUAUCCACAGAGAUCUUGCUGCAAGGAAUGUUUUACUGACUCAGGGUCGGUUAGCAAAGAUAUGUGACUUUGGUCUGGCUCGUGACAUCACUAAAGAUUCCAGCUAUGUCCUGAGAGGGAAUGCGCGUCUCCCAGUGAAGUGGAUGUCCCCAGAGAGUCUGUUUGCUUGCGUGUACACGUUUGAGAGUGAUGUCUGGUCCUACGGCAUCUUACUGUGGGAGAUCUUCUCUCUUGGUAACACACCAUAUCCUGGAGUUCCAGUUGGAUCUACGUUCUAUAAGAUGAUACAAGAUGGAUACAGAAUGUGCGAGCCUGAGUUUGCCCCAAUUGAAAUUUAUGAGGUAAUGAGAUGGUGUUGGAGUGCUGACCCCCUAAAAAGACCAACCUUUAAGAAACUGGUGGAAAGGACUGAACUACUGCUGUCAGAGACCACCAAACAUGAUUACCUGAAUCUCAGUACUAGCGGCAGUUGUGAGGCGUUUGUUCCUCCAGACCUGCAGAGGGCGCAAAGGCUGAGUUCAGUGGGCAGCUCAACAGCCUCAACUCAACCCCUGCUGCAAGCCACCAAUGAUGUUUUCCUGGAACAUCAGGCUGUAUAAAGUCACAAAGUCACAUUUUGUUUUACCUAUGAACUAGAUUACUCAUAUAGGUUUGACUUAAACAAAGCCAGUGGCCUUUAAGUUCUGACUUCUUUAAAGACUCCAUGAAAUUGAUCGACUAGCGCAGCUUUCUGACCUGUGUUGAUGUAUUUCCUGUUGAAACAUCGAAUGGCUUGUCCCUUUUUUAAAUUGCCAAUAGGCUUUAGAUAAUUCACAGCAAUGAUGAAUGAUUUGCUACUUGCUAAUUGGUUGCAGGUGGUAUAAGGGAGAGGGACAUUCUCAUUCUAGCGAGCAUUUGAUUGGAUGAAAAAUUGUGUAGUGCAAUAUGAGUAAUUUUUCAUCCAUUUUCCCAGAAGAAAAAGACUAUAAAUUAUAAAGGCAUAUAUCUGCUAAAAGUUCAUUUGACCAACUUUUAGGAGUACACAAGCAUAUAAAUGGCUUCAAAGCUAACAGACAUGGAUUAACAGCCAUAAAGCUCCCAUUUUAAUUUCAUGGGGUCUUUAAUUGUGACUUAUAAAGGACAAUCCCAAGGCUCUCUGCUUGGUUCAGUGCUACUUCUAGUAUGUUUCAAAUUAUUCAAGACUUGCAGCCCAGCAUGUCCGGCCAUGUAACUCCUUGUAGCUGAUAAUGUAUUUCUCUAAAUGCAGCUGGGCUCCAUUUUAUCGUAUUGCUCAACAUAGUAUUUUGGGUGCAUGAGCAGCUACCAUGGCACUAUCCUGAGAGGCAACCCAUUAACCUGAGCCAGGCAAGCAUAUAGACACUGAAUCUAACAAUAUUACCUCACCAGACAUUUAGAUAAAUGACUAACUCUACUGAUGACAUCAUAGUGCAGUGAGUGACAAUGUAAUGACGUCAUGUUGUGUGUUCUUUAGUCUUCAUUCUUGACUGGGUGAACAAUGGCAAAUACUUUAUUAGACUAAACAGUAAGGUAGAUCAGUGGUAGGGAUAAUGAAUGCAAUGAGAGUCCUGUUUUAUGUGUGAAUUUCAAAAGCACCUAAGUAAUAGUAAUGGAUUGAGGUUCCCGUACAUGCAUUUCUCUACUAGUUUCAGCAUGUGCCAUUUCUCUAAGUGACUGUUAUAAUGCAUUAUUUAUUUGUAAUGUUAUAUUGCAUCAUUGUCUAUAGAACUACCACCUCAUCUCUAAGCUGGUAUAUUUGUCAGACUUAUAAAAGAAAACGACACACAAAUCCUGUUUACAUGCUCAUUUUAACUAUUUUUUUAAGUUUGGAAAUGAAUAUUUUCAAAGAAUUUGAGCUUUUGAAGAAUAUAUGUAUGAAAAGUAAAAGGUUGUUUGUUGCUGUGUAAAACUGAAAUGAUCAAAUUUGGAUUGCUGUAAUAACAGAUACUGGCUUCCUUUCUUUGAACAAGGCUAACUUGGCUAUAGGUAGAGUUUCAGAACAACUUUGACCAAGAAUACCGUUCAUCAAAGUAAGCUUAAAGGGUUGGUUCAAUAAGGUGAAAAGUCAUUUACUGAUUUUCUUUCUUCUCCUGAACACAAACAAAGAUUUUUAGAAGAAUAUCUCAGCUCUAUAGGUCCAUGCAAUGCAAGUGAAUGGUGACCAGAACUCCAAAAAGGAGAUAAAGUCAGCAUUAAAGUAAUCCAUAAGA